CUGGCGUCGUUUCUAUGGAGAUAUCAGAAUCGUCAUCGUUGGAAGACACUUUCGAUGAUUUCGAUGACAUCGUGUUUCAUCAAGAUGUAGAUGAUGAUGAAGAUGUCGAUUAUUUUUUAAAGAAAAACAAAACAGCUUGUCCGAUUUUAGCUGAUGAGGUGGCGGUAUUGAAGCAGGGGACAUCGACGGUUGGGAAAUGUGAAAUCAGAAAAAAUGUGUGCGACUGCUCUAGCAGAGGUCUGACCUCGGUGCCACACGAUAUUCCAGACAACAUCACCGUCCUGCAUUUGUACAACAACUCCAUCACCACCAUCAAAAACAGCACGUUCUGCCAGACAAAAAAAUUGAAAUUUUUGUAUUUGAACAGGAACAUCAUAAAACUUCUGGAACCCAAGGCUUUUGAAUGCUUGGCGGAUUUAGUUGAGCUCAACUUACGGGGAAACGAGUUAGAGUACGUAAAUGGUACCUUUCCUUUAGGGAUUUUUAAGCCUUUGUCAUCUCUAAGAGUUCUUAGAAUACAAAAGAACAAUCGCUGUCCUCAAAUUGGUUAUCAUGUGUAUCCUGACAAAGCUUUAUCAGACUUGAAAAACGUCACGGCUUUGUACAUGGAUGGGCUGACUGGGACGUAUUUUGGGUUCGGUUUUCUGGGAAUGUACUCCUUGAGGAAUCUAAGUCUACCCGGGUACAACGAUGGUUGCUGUCGUCUCGAGAACAUAAACAACUUCACGUUUAGAAAUUUAAGAAAACUUGCAUUCCUAAACAUCAGUGACUGCUACAUCAAUGGAUACGGGUCUCACGAUGACGCCUUCGUUCCUUUGAAAAACCUGAAAGUCCUUGACUUGACGUAUAACGUUAAUAUAGGACUCCAGAAGCUCCAAGGUUUUCUGAAGGGGAUAAAAAACUACAACAUCACCAAGCUUUUAAUCAACUCGGUCGUCACUCGCUUUUCUAAGAGCAUCACCAUCAACUCCUCGCUGGUUGAAAACCUACCCACCUCCCUGAUACACCUUGAAGCUCGGGAGAACUGCUUCGAAUCCGUCGAAGACGACGUCUUUGAAAAAUUGCCGAAAAAUCUCCGCUAUCUCGAUGUUGGGAACAAUCGAUUCAUUUUUGGCAAAUAUUUAAUCAAUCUCCACAAACUUGAAAACCUUGAAAAACUUCGUUUAACUCGUGGAGGUUUUAUUUACAAAAUCCCCACAAAGUAUCCGUUUCAAGUCAGUUCUGAAUAUGAUUUGAACAUGUUUCAAUCAGCGAUGAGAGCUUCUGGAUCGAACCUGAUCAAGCUCCGGAUACCACCGAAGCUGAAAACGUUGGACAUGAGUGUGGCCGGCUUGGCUUUGCGCCUGACAGAACUUGAAAUCGAUGAAGACAACACGCUACACGAUCUCAAUCUGGCGGAAAAUUAUUUCCCUCGCGUCUUUGGCCCAAUCAAGGGAUUGAAUAAAUUAACCUACAUGAAUCUUCGGCACACUUCAGUCGAGUACAUCGGUUUGAAUUUUUUCAAACACUUUCCUUCUUUACAGAUUUUGAUGCUCGGAUACAACACUCUUGAAGGCUACUUCAGCAAUCAUCUUUUAAACGGGACUAUUUUCCAAGAUCUUGGGAAUCUGACGUACUUGGAUUUAUCCAACAGCAGGUUGGGUAGUUUUCCCAAACAUACUUUUAUAGGACUGGAUAAACUGGAGGUUCUGUACCUGGAUUACAACCAGCUGUGGACAUUUGACGUGGAUAUUUCCCACAUGAAGAAGCUAAAGAAGCUCAAUAUCAGUAACAAUGAACUUGGAUCUUUGCCAAAUAAUAUAAGAGAGCACAUUGACCACUUGAAGAAAGAUCUGAACGUUUCUAUCAGCGUGGACAUGUCAAAGUGCCCUAUACGAUGUGACUGCCAGCAUUUGGAGUUCCUGAAGUGGCUGGUCAGUUCGGGGGCGUUUAGUCCACCUGGUCUGCGCAACUACAUGUGUCAGUACAACGCCUACACGCGUAAGAUCAUCACGGACGGGUACGCCAAUGAGAUUCGUCGUCUAGAGAAGGAGUGUGCUGACAACGUGCCCAUAUUUCUCUCUGUUCUGGGGUCCACGGUGGCUGUUGUGUUCAUGGUCAUCACAGGUGUCGUGUACAGUUUUCGCUGGAAGCUCAGGUACUUGUACUACGCUGCUGUGAUCAAGCUGAAGAACUCGGACAUGACAGAAUGUGGACACUUCCGGUACGACGUCUUCCUGUCCUACGCCCACCAAGAUGAGGAAUUUAUUUUAAAAGAACUCAUGCCAGAGCUGAAACAGAGGGACCUCAAGCUUCACGUCCACGGUCGAGACUUCGCCACGGGCAACUGGAUAGCGGCCAACAUCGUGACGGCCGUCAAGGAGAGCAGGAAGACGCUGGUCAUCUUGACCAAACACCUACUGGCCAGCAAGUGGUGUAACUAUGAGCUGCAGAUGGCCAAUAUGGAGUCAGUGGACAGUGGCCGACAAGUUCUGGUGUUCCUGUUGAAAGAGUCCAUCCCCUCCAAGGAGCUGGGCCGGAACCUGCUGUGCCACAUCCAGAACAACACGUACAUCAACUACCCGCAGUCCAGCGCCGAGAGUGACGUCAUGUUUUGGGAUAAACUGGCCACGGACCUCAAACGUUAAAACUGUCUUCGUGGACGGGGAGAG